UUUGCUGUGGAGGUGGAGCUUGGUUUGUCUCGCGCUGCCGGAGGCGCGGGCGUGAGCGGCUCGCUGAGGUACGGAGAAGCUACUGCCAGAGCGUGAGGGGAGUAGCGGCUGCGAAAACGAGACCCCUUGGUGCCGCCACAGUUGAAUGGCAGGGGCUCCGGGGGCGAUCUGGAGAUGAUUGGCACUGAAAAACAAUGACUUCAGAAAUAAAUGCUUGGAUUUACUGUAAACAGUGAUUGGCCUUACAUAAUUAUAAACAAGAAGCCUCACAGGAACUCUUCCUUACCUGGUUCCCCUGGAUCACGCGUUCAAUCAUGUAUGGAAGUGCUCGAUCAGUUGGCAAAAUUGAGCCAAGCAGCCAGAGUCCUGGGCGUUCACCAAGACUGCCACGAUCUCCAAGGCUUGGCCAUCGUCGAACCAACAGCACGGGAGGCAGUUCUGGAAGUAGUACUGGAGGUGGCAGUGGUAAAACUCUUUCCAUGGAAAAUAUCCAGUCCUUAAAUGCUGCCUAUGCCACGUCAGGCCCUAUGUAUCUAAGUGACCAUGAGAGUGUGGGUGCAGACACACCAAAAAGCACUAUGACUCUUGGCCGAUCUGGGGGACGUCUGCCUUAUGGUGUUAGGAUGACUGCUAUGGGCAGCAGCCCCAAUAUAGCCAGUAGUGGAGUUGCCAGUGAUACAAUAGCAUUUGGCGAACAUCAUCUUCCUCCUGUGAGCAUGGCAUCCACAGUGCCUCAUUCACUGCGCCAGGCUAGGGACAAUACGAUCAUGGAUCUGCAGACGCAGCUCAAGGAAGUGUUGCGAGAAAACGAUCUACUGCGUAAGGAUGUAGAAGUAAAAGAAAGCAAACUUAGUUCCUCCAUGAACAGUAUCAAGACUUUCUGGAGUCCUGAACUGAAGAAGGAAAGAGCACUGAGGAAAGAUGAAGCAUCCAAAAUAACUAUUUGGAAAGAACAGUAUCGUGUGGUGCAGGAAGAAAACCAGCAUAUGCAAAUGACAAUCCAAGCUCUUCAAGAUGAACUUAGGAUUCAGAGGGACCUGAACCAGCUUUUCCAGCAAGACAGCAGCAGUAGAUCUAGCGAGCCAUUUGUGGCAGAGGUUACAGAGGAGAACUUCCAGCGACUUCAUGCAGAGCAUGAACGCCAGGCAAAGGAACUCUUCUUGCUGCGCAAAACCUUGGAAGAAAUGGAAUUGAGGAUUGAGACCCAGAAGCAGACAUUAAAUGCUAGAGAUGAGUCAAUCAAAAAGUUACUAGAAAUGUUGCAGAGCAAGGGGCUGUCAGCUAAAGCCACAGAGGAGGAUCAUGAGCGGACAAGGCGGCUGGCUGAAGCCGAAAUGCAUGUUCACCACCUCGAAACCUUAUUGGAACAGAAAGAAAAGGAGAACAACUUGCUAAGGGAGGAGAUGCAUCGUCGAUUUGAAAAUGCUCCUGACUCAGCCAAGACUAAGGCUUUGCAGACUGUUAUAGAGAUGAAGGACUCAAAGAUCUCAUCCAUGGAGCGUGGACUCCGAGAUUUGGAAGAAGAGAUUCAGAUGCUGAAGUCAAAUGGAGCACUUAGUACAGAGGAGCGUGAAGAAGAGAUGAAACAAAUGGAGGUGUAUCGUAGCCAUUCCAAAUUCAUGAAAAACAAGGUAGAGCAACUGAAGGAAGAGCUAAAUGCCAAAGAGGCUCAAGGGGAGGAGCUGAAAAAGAGAGUGACUGGUCUCCAGACUGAGAUUGGUCAGGUGAAACAGGAGCUGUCACGCAAAGAUACAGAACUGCUGGCUUUACAGACAAAACUGGAAACUCUCACAAACCAGUUUUCUGAUAGUAAACAACAUAUUGAUGUGUUGAAGGAAUCCCUCACAGCUAAAGAGCAGAGAGCUGCAAUUCUGCAAACAGAGGUGGAUGCUCUUCGGUUACGUCUAGAGGAAAAAGAGACCAUGUUGAAUAAAAAGACAAAACAAAUUCAGGAGAUGGCUGAGGAGAAGGGAACUCAAGCUGGAGAGAUUCAUGAUCUCAAAGAUAUGUUGGAUGUGAAAGAACGCAAGGUUAAUGUUCUUCAAAAAAAGAUUGAGAAUCUUCAGGAACAAUUGAGAGAUAAAGAGAAGCAGAUGAGCAGUUUGAAAGAGAGAGUAAAAUCCCUGCAGGCUGAUACUACCAACACCGAUACUGCCUUGACCACGUUGGAGGAAGCACUCGCAGAGAAGGAACGUACUAUUGAGCGUCUGAAGGACCAGCGUGACAGAGAUGAGCGAGAAAAGCAGGAGGAGAUUGACAACUAUAAAAAAGAUAUUAAGGACCUGAAAGAGAAAGUCAGCAUCUUACAAGGAGAUCUUUCAGAGAAAGAGACUACAUUGCUGGAUUUGAAGGAGCAUGCCUCCUCUUUAGCAUCAUCAGGAUUGAAAAAAGAUUCUAGGCUGAAGACACUAGAAAUUGCCUUGGAACAGAAAAAGGAAGAAUGUCUGAAAUUAGAAUCUCAGCUGAAAAAGCACUCUGAAGUCUUAUUGAGUCACCCAUCCAAGCCAGCUCAUGAAGCAACAUUGGAGGCUAGGGCCAGUCCAGAGAUGAGUGACAGAUUUCAGCAAUUGGAAAGGGAGGUGGCACAGCACCGAGAGGAAUCUAGUAAGGCUCAAGCUGAAGUGGAUCGUCUGCUGGAGAUCCUAAAGGAGAUGGAAAAUGAGAAGAAUGAUAAAGAUAAGAAGAUAGCAGAACUGGAAAGCCUCACUUCAAGACAAAUUAAAGAUCAGAAUAAAAAGGUAGCAAAUCUGAAGCACAAAGAACAAGUGGAGAAGAAAAAGAGUGCACAGAUGUUGGAAGAAGCAAGGCGGAGGGAGGACAAUCUUAAUGACAGUUCCCAGCAGUUGCAGGACAGUCUGCGUAAGAAGGAUGAUCGGAUUGAGGAGCUAGAAGAAGCCCUGAGAGAGAGUGUGCAGAUAACUGCAGAGCGGGAAAUGGUGCUGGCUCAAGAAGAAUCAGCCAGGACACAUGCUGAGAAACAGGUAGAAGAGUUGAUGAUGGCUAUGGAGAAAGUAAAACAAGAGCUGGAAUCUAUGAAAGCAAAGCUGUCCUCUACCCAGCAGUCUCUAGCCGAGAAGGAAACUCACUUGACCAACUUGCGGGCUGAGAGGAGGAAGCAUUUGGAGGAGGUCCUAGAAAUGAAACAAGAAGCCCUUCUAGCUGCCAUUAGUGAAAAAGAUGCCAACAUUGCUCUGCUGGAGCUGUCAUCCUCCAAGAAAAAAACCCAAGAUGAAGUAGCUGCACUGAAACGAGAGAAAGACCGCUUGGUGCAACAGCUCAAGCAACAGACUCAAAACCGCAUGAAAUUGAUGGCAGAUAAUUAUGAGGACGACCACCUCAAAUCAUUGUCCCAUUCCAACCAAAUUAAUCAUAAACCCUCUCCAGAUCAGAUAAUCCAGCCCCUUUUAGAUCUUGAUCAGAAUCGCAGCAAGUUGAAGUUGUAUAUUGGACAUUUGACAGCCCUGUGCCAUGACCGGGAUCCCCUGAUUCUCCGUGGACUCACCCCACCUGCUUCCUACCACCUUGAUGAUGACCGUGCAGCUUGGGAGAAGGAGCUGCAGAAGAUGACUCUGGAGCAGCUUCAUGAUGAGCUAGAAAAGGGUGAAAAGGACAGCGCAGAACUACAAGAGUUUGCCAAUGCCAUUCUACAGCAGAUAGCUGAUCACUGCCCUGACAUCCUGGAGCAAGUUGUCAAUGCACUUGAGGAGUCAUCAUGAUUGAUACCAGUAUAACCCACCCAUCCCACCCCCCAGCAGCAUGCCAAGGGGAUAAGCCCAGUCAGUCUAAGGAGUCAUGAAGAUGGAGAAGAGUAUGAAAGGGGGGAAGAAAAGAAGAAACACUUGGUGCACCUUUUUAUAAAAAAGAAACAAACAGACUGAAACUGGUAUCACAGCUCUUCCAGUCUAUAAGUGCUGAAUCACACCUGCAUUCAUCUUCUCACUGCCUUUCUACUUUAGAAAAUGUCUCCUAGUUGUUGUUGUUUUCCUGUUGGCUUUGGGAUAUGUCUGCUCAGAAAUUUGCUGAGCCUGGUAAGCAUGGAAGUGGCAAUAUAUUGGACAUAGCUGGUUCCGGUGAUUCUUGAAGUGGUAUCAGGGGAACACUUGCCUUUAUUUUAUCUUCCAGUUAGUAAAAUCUUUGGCCUACCUUUGUUUAUACAGGAAGCUGAGUCUGCUGAUUAUGGUCCACAGUUGGCCAGCAUCAGCUUAGCUAGCUCAGAAUUUGCUGCCUUUGUCUGCACAGGCAUUUUAUCUUCAAAUUAAAGUUGAAUAAGAUGAGAGGUAGAGAGUAUCCCUUGUUCUUAGUGUUGACUUCAGUUAGGCAUGAGUGGGAAACAUUAUUGUAUUGUUCUGCCUAAUAUGCACCUCACUUUUAUUUUCCAAAUGUGUUAUGAAAUACUAGUGGAUGUUUUCUUUAACUGGUUUCCUUGAUAUUCUGGCCAAUUUUUAGCAUCAUACCUUAUCUGUAUAUCUUUGCAUUCUCACUUGAAGGGUGCUUGGUUUCUCAUUUUAUCUAAGUUCUUAAGGGGUUACUUCAUAAGCUACACUCAGUAGCAGAGUAUUGGUCACACUUACUACAGUAUCUUCCAUAGCACUGCCAGUGGUGAAUGAACCCAAAUUACUCCUCUAAAUGGCACUCGAUUAUGCUAUCAAAAUUAACAGGCUAAUAGAAAUUUACUUAAUUUGUUUUGUACUAAUUGGAAUAAUACAGUUUUGCCCAGAGCAAUACUAGUUUUACACAUAGUAUCAUUCUGCAGGCAUUCACUAAAAUAGAACUCUGAUAUAACUAUAUUUCUUCCUUAGAGGAACUAACUCUUUCUGAUUUUUCAGCUUUCAGGGUUAAGAGGGCCUUUUAGAACAGGUUAACAGAAUGUCUUGGAAGGUAAGAGGAAAGACCACUGGCCCUUAAAUUGGUUUCUUAGCAGAUUGUCCUGAUCACCAUGCUUGUUUUUUCUAACUUGAGUGUUUUGUAGCUGAGUAUUUGUAUCUGCUGAUUCCUAUAAAGCAGACAGAUUCUCAAGUAACUUUUCUUCUUUUUCAGACUUUACAGUAUAGCCUUGAUCACAAAACAGACCAUACUGAAGGUCUUUUUUCCUUGGCCUUGACUCCCACCCACCAGAUCUGGUAACCAUCACCCUAUAAUAUUACUGAUUUCUAAAGAGCAAGGAAAUACUAUGUAUGAAACAAAAUAAUUACUUUUAUUAAUACUUAUAAAAUAAACAGUGUCUCCUUUUGAUCACAAAAGGAUGCAUUGUGGACAUCUGAAGCCAAGUUCUUCAAAAAGGUCAGCUUUAUCCUUUCAUUAGCACCUACAGAGGAGUUACUUUGGAAUUAUUUCAGAAAAGUGGUGAAGAAAUAAACUUAGUUUUGAAUUGCAAUGUUUUCCCUAUUAGUUUUCCGAAUGAGAGUUUCACAUUACUGUCUUAGCACCUUUAUGACUUUGGAGCUCUGGGAUGAUGCUUUUGGAGCUGACAGUAGCAAUAGGAUGUGGAUGGUGCUUUGCAUCAUAAUGCAAGAUGAUGCAGGGGGAGACAUGAAAGUUCUCAAGGUUGAAAUUGCCUUUACCGGAAAGCAUGUAGACAGUGACUGUACAUACCACUGAGCCAUGCCUCAUACCAGAGCCGCGCCUUUGGCCCUAUGGUUUGAGUCAGCACAUUUUGAUAGGAGCUGCUGUUUUGAAACCUCCCUUCUAGCUUUUUCUUCAUCCUUAAUUGCUCACUGUAGAAUUUUAAAGCUGCCUGUAAAACCAUCUCAGCCUUUUGGCCUAACAUCUUCCCACCACCGCCACUCCCUGACUAUCCUAUUAAGUUAUAUGGUCAGGACUCCAGCUGCCCUUGUGCUCCUCUGUAAAACAAUCCACUCUCUCUGUGGGAGAAGUUGUGGAAUUUUCCUUAUCUGUGUUUGAAAUAACUGCUGCUCAUAAAGCUCUUACUGAGAUGCUCUUUGAUAGUGAGGCUUUUGUUUUCUUUUGUUUUGUUUUGUGGGGGGUGGAUUGCUGAAAAUCAGGACUUUACAGUAUAGCUAGUCAGAGAUAGUCCCUUAUGGUUGCUACUCCGUUCCCAUGUGCAUAUCGCACUGCAUGCAAGCCACUGUUCUGCAUGCUAGUAUUUCAAGACCUUUUAACUCAGCUGCCACCAUGUGGCUACUGCAAAAUCAGGAUCUGUUUUGGUACAGGUGUGACAUUGCUAGAAUACUGCAUACCCUAUUCUGUAUUUUCACUGCAAUGAAAGCAUGAUAAAGCUUGUAUGUUUCCAUUUUGCUUUGCUCACAGAAUGUUCUGCAAGGUAUAGAGAUUUGUCAAUCAGAUCCAAUUCCCAUGUUGGCCAGUUUGAUCUUUACUAGUCACCUGUUGUUUGAAUCCUUCCCCCUCCAACCUGGAAUGCGCCUCUCUUGCAACCCCUCUCUUAUACCCCCACUUCAUGCAUCCUUUCUGUCCCAUUCUGCAAGCUUAGAGUCCUGCCACCCUCAGAUCUGAUCUAAGCCCACAGUAAAAUGCUUUUAGACUGAGAGAGAGUGCAAACAACUUCUGAUCUUGAGACAAUGUCCUGGCUUUAACAUCAGUAAAGCAUUGCAGAUAAUCUCUUUGAUGCCAGUUAGAUAGAAGUCCUGUCUCUGUUCAUUUCUCUAGGAACUAUCGAAGCUUAAAUGCAAGCUGUUGGCCAUGAAUUGUAAUCAAGCAUGGGGUGCUUAACUUGUUUCCUUUAUCAGUGGAGUGCUAGGUUGUUGACUGAUUUGUGGAUCUAGUUAACUUUGUCAUCAUUAUUAGAUGGUAUGAAAUAUCCAGGUUUAUGGAUAUAUGUGGCAAUCCAGCUGCCACCCCCACUACAAAGCUCUCAUAGAUUGUAUUUCUGCUUGCAUCUCCUACAAAUGAAAUCUGCCCCCUGUACCCAGAAAACACAGCUCUGGACAAUUAUGUUGGAAAGGUACUCUGUUGUUCACCUUCCUUAUUUCUCGGUUUGGUUUUCAAAAAUAACCUUUUAUCAGUGAAUUCCAAAAUCUUCUAUUUAUACUAGCUACAUUGAUAGAGUGUUGUUGCUGGAGUUUGAUGGAACUAGAUUAUAACAAGGCUUGGUCAUGUUACUCUUACAAACUAUGAAAAAGUUCAUUAUUAAUGUUUGAAAACAUGUUUAUAAACCUUAGGAACUCUCUGUUUUUCGUUAAUUUGGUGCUGCUGUUAAUAGCUCUCUGAAAAAUUGUGAUAAUGUAUUGACUCCCUAAUUGGACAUUGUUUAAUGAUAAAUCCACAUUAUAAUUGCAUUCCCAUCAAACUGAGGUUUAACUCAGUUCAAAUUGAAAUUGAACUCAGUUCAAAUAAAUACAACAUCAACAUCAGAAUGACAUAGUGAUAUUAACCAACAUCCAAGUAAAGAAAAAAUAAGAGGAACAUGCAAAUAACAUUUUUAGUGCGUCAAGAAUAGUGACUGCCUUUAGCUAUUACCUUCACCCAGAAAUGCCAAACACUCUCUCAAAAUCCUAAACAUCUGCUAGAAUGAAAUGAAUGAAGAUUACGGUGACAGACAAGUGUUUACUAUUAAAAUGCCAUAUAUAGAAGGAAAGGACUCACUGCAUGGGAACUGUUGUGACAUAUUUUGCAAUAUCAUUGUAAAUGUAUAUAGGAGUUUCAGGCAUCCGUUUUUCUCUAUUUUUAAUUCAAGGAAUAUUCUGUUUUGUAAAAUUCCUCUAUCUGAAAAAAAUAAGGAGCAACAUUUUUCCUCCUGUCUCACACUCCUGGGCCUUACCAUAGCAUGGGUUCUUAGAGUGACCUUAGAAAUGAAAUAUACUUUCUGCUGAAGUUCUUUAAAUUAGAACUUUAUGCUAACUGAACUAAUUUUGUACAAGUUAGUAAAAAGGUAGAUAUUUGAAAUAAUGGAAGUAGCUACUAACUUUAGAGAACCAAGCAAAAGGAUGGAAAGCAGGAUGCACUAGACUUAGUAACACUGCCCUGGUGAAGCCAGUGGAGUGGGGAGGCCAGGCAAUGGAUGGAUUAGGGCUGCCAUAACUAACAAGACAAGCUCUUCUCUUGCCAGUCAUUCAGUCUUGUAAGUGCAGCAGGUGCUGUUUUUAUAAUAUAUAAUAUUUUUUAACUUUUUCCAUUAAUGGAGGGAGCUGCUAUCCUUCUGAACAAAAUGGCUGUCUCUGUUGACCUUUUAUAAAAAAAAAAAGAGAUAAAAGCAUUUACAAACUUUUUAGUGUCAAAAGCGUAAACAUAAAAAACUGACUUUUUCCAGUCUGUGGCAAGUGCUGUAACCCUGUCAUCAUUGGUAUUUCCCCUUGACUUUUUCAGGGGUGUUUUUUAUUUUAUUAUUCUGUUUUCAUUCUCUGCUUGUCAAUUAUUGUCUGUGUGGUCCUCAAGGUGGGGCAGUUACUGACAAUGUGUGUCUGUUGUCUGAUUUUAAAUAAAAAAGAUAGAAGUAGAAAUGAAAAAAUGUGUUUUAAAAAAUGUAAAAACUAAAUGUAUUGUCCAAAGGAAUUCAAAAUAUGAAAAGGCAAAGUGCUGGACUCCUCCUCCCAGUUUUAUAAGGAAAUUGAUUUUUUAGGCUUAAGAUACCUUUCAAUUGCCUUUGAUAGAUCAAGGAAGACCAAACCAGUGUGGCCUUCUUAAAAAUUCUGCUACAUUAUCCCUCUCCAAACCCUGUAAAGAAUGGACUACCUUUAAAAUAUAGAAAGGGACAAAAUUAUAAUCUACACUAGAAAUUACUGGGAUUUUGUGGGUAUUCUCAGGCUUAAAUACUGCAAAUUUAAAUAGAAGUAAUGCAUUGAAGCAUAUUUGUACACACUUCAGUCCCUAUCUUGUACACAUAAACUACAUAAUGCAUCUUAAUCUCUGCCAGUACCAUUUACAUGCAUGUUCUUAUUUUGUAUGCAUCCAUCUUUGAAAAUAUACAUUCAUAAUCUUACAACAAAGGGCUUGCCUUUUCUGCAUCAUGAGGAUAGAUGAUUUUCAUUAACUUUAAAGGGUCUGGCCAACAUAAAUCUAUAUAUCUUGAAUGGAUUUAGUAUUCCUACUAAUCAUAUCUUAAAUUGCUGUGCAUGAAUGUACUUUAAGUAAUAAUCCUGAUUAAUUUGGGGAAUGUCUAUAAUCCUUUCAAUUUGAUGUUACCAAUUUUCCAGUGCUGAAAUUUCCUCAAAUCACUUGAUUCACUGGUAAUUGUUUGAGCUAGAAUCAAAGUUGACAACAAACGGAAGAACAACAGUUAGUUUAUAGUCCACACUUGAGACAUCUUUGUUGUUAUAGGAUCUAAACAUCUUAGACCAAGCUUGAUUGAUACUGCCCUUUAAUUUAGUUUUCUCUAUCUACUUAUGGCUCAGGUGAGGUAAGACAUCUGUUUUUUCAACCUAGGAAACCCAUGAUUUGGCUUAAUACUGGUGUCAGUGGAGCCUUCUCGAUACAAAUAAGUCACAGAUAUUUCUUCUUUUAAUUAACCCCCCAUCAACUUUUUAUGAGUUUGGUAUGCUAGAUCUUUAGGAAACUAUCUGUUUACCAAAUGUUCACAUCUUGUUUAGUAGAUGGGAUUAUAUCCAGAUUAUCCUCUUAUAAACUGAAAUAAUAUGCUGCUCAUUCAUCCCUGCCACAGGAGUAUUGCUACUUCUCUUGGAUUCACCUCUUGCUGAAAUUGGAACACCAGUUUCUGCUUCACCAAAUUAUUCAUGAAGGCAAUACUAUAGGCUGUCAUAGGGAGUGAAAACUUGUGGGCUGUCUUCACAGACACACACACACUACAGAUGGGGAUCUUUUGCUACUUCGAAAGUGAUGUUUUGCACUUUAAUGGAGGAGGAGACAAGCCUUUCAUAUAUAGUCUGGCAUACUUUGAGUUCCUUCUGGUAGGAGCAGCAGUGGGAGAUGAUAUAUGUCUGUAAUGCAAGUGCGCACGCUGCCUUCAACUUGUAUGUGUUUUAUCGAUGGAGUCAUGUUACUGACAGGAUAAUGAAUUGAAAAGAAAUUGUGUUAUAUAUUCAACUUUGCCUUGAUAAUAUAAACACUUUUGUUCCAUUUUUCUUUUUUUUUAUUCACAAACUAAGUUCAUCAGGAAAUUAUAAAAUCGUUUUAAAAUUGU